AUGGAGACCAGGCCGGCGUGGACCUGUCUCCCCAUCGUCCUUCUGGCUUAUCCCUCUGCGGGGAGACGAUUCCUGAAACCCGUCCAGGUCGCCCAGAGCGUCGCCUCGCCCUUGGGCCUUUACUACCCGAAUCCGGCCGUCUCGGUCUCGUUCGUGAGGAUUCAUCACAACCCGAACGUGUUCGCCGGGUUGAAGUUCAACUUGGACGUUUUCGUGCCGAGGAUGAGUGGCUUCCUCCCCGUUAUCUACUUUCUACCUGGAUUUCAAGCGACAAUUCCUGCAAAGCUUUACAGUUCCAUAUUGAAGCACCUGGCCAGUCACGGCUUCGUCGUCGUCGGAGUGUGGCGAACCCUCGGCAGCCUCAACUCCGACAUACGAGCCAUACAACUCAGGAAGGUGCUGACCUGGACGCAGAAGCACCUGGAAUCCCAGAUAAAGUUCACCGUCGGAUGGCCGAACAAACCGAGGCCGAACCACGCCAAGUCCACCCUCGCGUGCCACUCCGCCGGCUGCCACAUCGCCGUCUCCUUCCUGGUCAAUCAGGGUUGCGCGAACUUCGGGUCGCUCGUCUUGAUGAGCCCCGUGGACGGGAAGGAUCCGUUCGGGAUCGUGCCGAAGUUCGUCGUGACGCCGUACCAGCUUCUGCCGUUCUCCAUCCCCAGCCUCAUUCUCGCUGCGGGGCUCGACCCCCUGCCUGCGAAGACGUUCUACCCAGCCUGUGCGCCAGAGGAUCUCGGCAGCAUGAGAUUCUUCGACGCCCUGCGAGAUGUUCCUAAGUGGUACAUUAAUGCAUUGGAAUAUGGGCACUUCGACCUCCUAGACAAACUUUAUGCAACAGGCAAUCAAGCGCUGCAGCUCUGCCCCGCGAACUCCGCGAUAGACAAGAGCAUCUACAGACAGCACCUGGCCGGGACCAUGCUCGCGUUCCUCGGGUCCUUCGAGAACGUCCAAACCUGCCUCAGCCUCCUCCCCCUGUUACAAAGCCCGACCUUCUUGGGCAGCGCGGUGGUGGUGGUGAAUUCCACCCUCGCUUGCGAUCGUUCCAGGCCUCCCAUCCCCGGUGCCGAUCGCUGUGCCAGUCCCGUGCGCUGA